UCUUUAUAUAAAAUUUAUAUACAUACAAAGUUAAGGUUUAUUUUACUCGCACAAUUUUGCCUGUGUACUACUGUUGAUGACAAGGAGUAGGAUUUUAUAAAUGUUGUUAUUGAAGAAAAGGGCGCAAGUGAAAAGUGUCAUUUCAUAACUAUUAGCGCUCAAUCUCACGUGGAAAGUAGAGAAAAUAGCAUGCUGUCUACCUAGUGUGACCACACAUGGUCACUGACACGGAAAUCUGAAUUUCCUUGGAGGCCAAAAAUUAAUUUCGUGCCUCGGCGAACCUAAUAGAGUAUGCGUUAUUCCUUACAAGAUAUCAUGUUGAUCAGAAUAGUAUAGGUCAUUACUCAAACGUCUAUAAUAAUUACGUUCAAGGUCCCUAAAGACCAACUUUUGAUUAGAUCCCAACACCAUUUUAUUACAAGUUUCAUGAAUAUUUUAUUGGACAGUGUUGCGGUUAAAGCCCCAUGCUAUUAUUUUCGAGAAGCUAACCUUUUAUUAAUUAGCCAAUAAGUUAGGUACAGUAUUCGAUAUUCGAGUUGAUGGUAAAUGCAGUGGAAAGCUGGUCGGAAUGUCCUUUUUCCUUCAUUCUGUGCAAGAUUUUUUUAAUAUUCCGGUUUCAGGUUAUUAACAAGAAUAUGUUUUAUACGCUUUUAAAGUUUUACAUGGAUAUUCUUAUACGCUUGCGGGAUGGCCGGUACAGGAAAGUAUUCAUAGCCCACGUGAUCCUUCUUGUUAUAACGCAUGUUUUCUUCUUAGUUGUGUGUUCAUGUCUUAUGUUUUGUUCUCGUCUGUCGCCAUGAACGCGCCGCCUAGCGUCUGCAAGCGCUGCUUUCCUGUUCUAUUGAUCGACAUGUAAGAUACCCCAAAUUAUGAAAAUAUUUUGAUUGCCCCAAGUCUUUUCAAAAUCUAAAGCCGUACUCUACGCUGUAAGAAAUAGGUGAGGAUACACUUGCCAAUCUUCUUAAAUCAAACGAUUGUACCAAAUAUGUGCAUUUGGUAGGAUUUCCGGGUGAUACAUCGGCGAAUACAGUCUGACGUUAAGACUUCCUUUCCUUUGCAAAUCCAAGGAAGUAUGCUGUUUGACCAACUACAUGUAUUCUUCAAACCUUUCUCAAUUUAAGUACCAGGAGAUUGGCUCGCUUGGACCGACUGGGGGACCUGCUCCAAGACCUGUGGUGGAGGUACACUGACCCGAGAGCGGCAGUGUAAUAUGAAAACCCACGGAGACCUGACGGCGCCAUGUGAAGGCAAGAGCAAGGAGAAUAAGGAAUGCAAUUCUUUUGACUGCAGCACAAGGAAAUCAUGUUCAGUUCUUUACGGCCUCGGCUUACGCGACAGUUUAAAGGUGACCAUAGACCCGGACGGCAAAGGAGGCGUGCAUCCCUUUAAAGUCUUCUGUAACAUGACAGAGGCUGGCGGAUUGACACAAGUCGGCCACGACCGGACGGAAUACACCACGGUGAAGGACUGGGAGGGACCAUGCGAUUACUACGCUGGUCUGACGUACGACAACGGUGUGACAAUCCCGCAGAUGGUCGCCCUGAUUGACAUCUCAACUUCCUGCAAGCAGUACAUCUCCUGGAAGUGCAAGUCUGCAGCGUUCGAUUACGCAUAUGAUCAAAAUGACCCGGACGCCAAGAGUACGUAUUGGAAGACUCGGGAUGGAAAAGGCGUGAAGUACUUCGGAGGGGCGACUCCGGGGACGGCCAACUGUGCUUGCGGUGAAGAUAAGUCUUGCUUUAAACCAGAGAAGAAGUGUAAUUGCGAUACGAAUGAUAAUGUAUGGCGGGAGGAUGCAGGGUACCUGACCAACAGUCCUGAUCUACCAGUGAAGGGCUUCUGUGCAGGAGACACCGCGGGACCGGAAGAAGAAGGAAAGUACAUGGUAGGGCCACUGACGUGUACGGGGGAGAAGACCUAGAGCUACACCUUGUAUUCAUCGUGUUUGCCAUUGGGUUGCCUGGGUGAACUUUAAUUGGUAAAAUUUACAACAACGUGUACAUUUUCCUGUACAUCUCUGUGUAUGUACAGUACAUCUGCAUGGAAGUUUCUACCGGGCACUAUACAGCUGAAGACCAAGAUGGCGCUCUAGAUUCUGUGACUGAAUAAUACAAUAUUGUAAAAGUAAAAUUGAAAUUGGCACUGUCCAUUUUGAAAACCAUAUGACAGUUCAUCUAAUGGGUUCAUAAUAAGGAACUGACGAAAACACAAU